GGGCUAUUGCUGCAAUGCUGUUGGAUUGAUGCCAGUCUUCCUCAGUUGACGGUUACUGCUGUGCACACACGGACGCAUUUCAUUUGUUCUUCUCGCACUUAUCAUUUCCGAGGAAGAGAAACUUUAUUCACACACGAUCGCUUGACUUUUAGGAUCCAGUGACAAUGGCUUCCAGCAAAUCAAACUCCGGCACUUCUUUAGACUUGCUUGACGAAUCUUUCAAGUCGGCAAUAAGUAGUGAAGGGGAGAGUAAUGAGGAAGAUCAACGUACACAGUCUCCAGCAUUAAAUCUCGGAGCCUCAAGAGAUGGAUUCAUACCAGAUGCCGAAAUUUCAACAUCACAUAAUUCAACUACUGACGAAGAGGAGCACUCUAAUAAUGCCGAAGAUGAUGAAUUAUUUGAGAAUUCGCAAUCUACUAGCCAUUCCAUUAUCGAAGAAGAUGAUGACGAUGACACUAACAUAGAGGACGACGCAAGCGAAGGACAUUCAAUUAUGGUUCCAGAAACCCCCCCAAGGCUAGAUGACCAUUCCGAGGCGGUUUCAAAAUCUUUGACCGGUGGCGUGAUUAUGCCUACACCAUCCUCUACCAGCAUCGAAAAAGGGCUUGCAACACUAUCCAUUGGCGCAAAGAAAAAUGUGGGCUCGCCUUUGUCAGUUAAGUCUCAACGGGAUUCAGGAAAUGGGUCUGUUCCACAAGUUAUUGACCUCUCAAGUCCUAGCAGUUUGCCUGUGAGGUUGCCUACUGUGGUUAGGAAUUCAAUUCCCAGUCACUCUCCUGUUUCGGGCUUGCAAGACACGGUAAAGGACUUACCGAGCAGACAACUAUUCACUCAAAAAUAUACUUUUAAAGAAAAAAGACGGACUUCUGGAGUUGAAGCUGAGAAAAUAAAAUCCAUGGCAUCGUCGUCAUCUCCUCAGUUUUCGUCACUAGCCCCGACUUCUUCAAACCCACCUUUGACUAGGAAAAUGUCGACCUCAACGCCUUUGUUGUCCAACAGAAAACAGAUGAAACAUGUUUUUGAAGAACUUGACGUCACUAGUAUAGGGGCGGCGGAGGAUGGAAAUCGGCUGAACUUGACUGGCAAUUACAAGGAGACCAUAGACUUGUGUGACUCAAACUGCAAUGCAGCUACGGAAGUAACGGAAGUCAUAACUUUGAGUCCAAGCAUUAGUGGUACACCCUCUGGUCCGAGAAAUCCACGUCGCGGUUCGACCAAUGAUGGUAGUGAUGACGUUGUAGAGUUCAGUGAAGAUGACGAAGACACUGAUAAUGGACCACACCAAAUGAACAUUCCCCAAAAUAAAGACAUUGACGAGAUUACUGCACGUAUUAAGAAACAGCAUAUUGAGAAAAAACCACUGGUGCAGUUUCUGGAAGAACCACUUCCUAUACUGCAUAAUCCAUUUGCAAGCUCAAAACCACGACCAAAUAACAAUACCUGGAUGUCAGUUGCCAAAAUUAAUGAGUGUAAAACUGACGUUUUUAAAUUAGCCAAACUCCUGAUGGAAAUUACUCAAAGUAUGCCACACGUUGAUGACGACCAUGCUGAUUUUAUUGUACCUGAGCAAUUACGAAUCGAACUUUAUCCACAUCAAAUCUAUGGAUCAAAAUGGUUGUGCUGGCGUGAGAGACAGUAUCCUGGUGGAGGCAUCUUAGCUGACGAAAUGGGAUUAGGAAAAACAAUUAUGGCAAUCACGUUGAUCCUACAUGGGAAAACUGCAGCAAGAGAGGACACAGAAAACUGGUUUACGCCACAGAAUAAAAAGUUGGUGCCGUCACGAGCCACAUUAGUAGUUUGCCCAGUUGGCUGUAUUGAACAAUGGGACAAAGAAUUGAAGACGAAGGCGAAAGGUCUCCAGGUGCUCAUGUUUCAUGGAUCAAAUAGAAUAAAGUCUGCGGCCUUGCUAUCCCAAAACGACGUGGUAAUUACAACAUAUCCAACCUUAUCAAGUGAAAUUUCGAAGCCAGAUGAUGAUCCAAAUAAUAAUUGCCGUAGCCCACUUUUUCGAAUUCAUUGGGAAAGAAUUAUUUUAGAUGAGGGACACAUCAUUCGGAACCCCAAGACUCAUGCUGCUCUUUCUGCUUGCAGAAUUAGCGCCCAUCAUCGUUGGAUUGUUACAGGUACCCCUGUACAUAAUAAACCAGAAGAUUUUUAUUCUUUGGUCAAGUUCCUGCAGUUGAGUCCAUUCGAUGACGUGAAGGUGUGGAAGCACUGGAUUGGAACAAAAGCAGUGCUAAAGGGUUCUGAAGAACGCCUCCAUACAAUUGGAAAAGCUCUUAUUUUGCGUCGUACAAAAGAAGAAGUCAGUUCCAUGUCUCCUGAUGCAGGCAUAAUUCUUCCAAAAUAUAUAGAGGAGAUCGAGGUGACCCUAUCAGAAUCAGAAAAUCAGGUGUACACGUACCUAUUUGAUUAUGCAAAGUCGGUCAUGAGACAAUUCUUGAAAGCCCAGAAGGAUCGGCAGGAUGAGCUGCAAAAUGCUGCUAAUAAUUACGUUGCAGGCGCCAUGCGACGUGGAAAUAAAAAGAACGAAACGGCCAAGGAUGCACGGUUCUCUCAAAUUCUUUGUUUGUGUGUUAGACUUCGUCAGCUUGCUGUUUUGCCUUUCUUGAUCAAGACAAUGCUCGAUGACGAUGAUGUGGACGAGUCAGACUGCGACACGAGUUACAAUCCGUUAGAUGAUCCAAUAAAUGCAAAAAAUCCAGUGUUUGAGCCUGGGUUCAAGUCGGCAAAAAUAAGAAAGGUCUUAGAAGAAUUGCACAAGUUAAAAUUGGUUGCAGAAGAAAAAGGACAGCUCAUGGAUAAAGUCAUUAUUGUGUCACAAUGGACUUCGUUUCUUGAUAUCUUGGCUCAGCACCUGCGCAAGAAGGGUUUCAGCUAUGACAGUUUGGACGGACGUCUGAAGGUGCAAGAGCGGACGGAAGUAAUGAAUAAAUUUAACGGAAACCCAAAACGCCCUCAAGUGCUGUUACUCUCCAUUACGGCUGGUGGAGUUGGCCUUAACCUCACAGGGGCCAAUCACGUAUACUUUAUUGAGCCUCAGUGGAACCCCCAAAUUGAACGCCAAGCUCAGGACAGAGUUCAUCGCUUUGGCCAAACUAAAUCGGUGUACAUUAAAAGAUUUAUCUGCCAAUCUUCGUUUGAGCAAAGAGUUAUGGAAAUUCAACAAGUCAAGAUGGACUUGGCUGACAACUUGGUAAAUAACUCUAAAAAGACCAGAUCGGCCGGCCUUAACGUCAAUGAUCUCAAGAGAUUGUUUGAUCUCGCCUAAGUUAUGUUUCUUAUUAACUCCAAUAAUAACUUCAUAUAUUCCGAGGAUUAUUUUAAAGCUAUUUGACUAAUUUAAACCUGUAUUUUAAAUUGGAAUGAUUAGUUACGUUAAGACUCUGUAUUUGAAUGCGGAUUCAUAUAUUCGAAUAUUGUCAAAAGAGAAAGCAAUGUGAUUGUAUUUAUUAUAAAAUUGAUUGAAUAAAACGCAAUAAAUACCAAAUUUACACAUA